AUGGCCAUGGAUUUGUGGCGGUUCUCUCGUGUGGUGCGAGCUCCACGCUUGUGCCAAACCUCGCUUCGGCUGGAAUAUGGACAGCCACUUCGGAGCGGCGCCACCGCCUGCGCCGCCGUGUCCCUGGGCGUGACACGCGGCCUCGCCGUGUCCCUGCGCGGCGUUGCCUCGGGGGCGCGCAUCGCGCGGCGCAGCCGCCAGGACACUGGGUCGGAGCUUCGCGAUCCAGAGGGCGAUCCGGUCUCCGAGUCUUUGAGACGGGCCUUGGCGGAGUUCCAGGCAGAAGUCUCCAAACCCCAAGAGGAGAUCGAUUUGACGCGCGCUGCUGCGCUCUUAGCCUUGCAUGCAGAGCCAGAUCUGGACUUGGAGCAAAAGGUCUUCACUCCGUUGCGUCACUUGGGAGAGGGCUUCCGCCUGCGCGCCGCCGAGCUGCGGCGCCUGGGCGGCGACGGGGACGAAGCGCUCAGCACCGCCCUCUGCGCGUACCUCACCGCCGAGGGCUUCACGGGAUGCAGUCGCAGCCCGGAGGACUUCUACCAGUCCAAGUACUCGUUGCUGCACAAAGUCUUAGAGAAGCGCCGCGGCAUCCCCAUCAGCCUGGCGGUGGUCUAUCGCGAGGUGGCAGCUGCUGCCGGGCUGGAUCUUUGGGGUGCCAACUUCCCAGGCUAUUUCUUCUUGGCCUACGGUCACGGGAGCUCGGCUGGACUGGUGGAUGCCUUUGCAGGGCAAAGCGCCCACACCGUGCAGGGCUGCCAGGAGCUGGUCAGUGAGGCCUUCGGCAGGCCGGCACGCCUGGCACCCGGCUGGGCAGAGCUCCGCAUGCCGCACGGCGCCUUUCUGCGGCGCAUGGUGCGGAAUCUGGAGCAUGUCUACAAGCGGGAAGCUAACUUGAGUGCUGCAGCGACCAUCACACAAUACGCACAAGUGCUCGAUCGGACCCUUGAGAAUCAACGGUUGUAG